GGGCUUAUUUCACGAGGAAACAUGUAGAGGGGAAGCACAUUAGACAGAGGCAACAGCAGCAGCAGAGACACAAGUGAAACUUUUACAUCAGCACACUUGAACCGCGCCAGGCUCAAGGGGACUGGAUUGUUUUAUGCGUGGAGAUUGCGUAUUAUUCCACGGGGAUCUAGAUAACUUGAACUGCGAGUUGCAAUUCUAUUUGAGCAUCUACAGAGAUUAUAGAGGUGGAAGGAACAUGGCGAGGGGGGUGAAGAGAGCUCACCUUUUUGCUUUAUUAUUUACUUUGAUGAUCUUAUUUUGGCGGGAUGUUUACGCGCAGGUGUCUUUUAACGAAAUAACCGGGUUUAGUUUGAGCCCCCCGUACUUCAACCUCGCGGAGGGGUCACGGAUAUCCGCCACCGCAACUUGCGGUGAAGAUGAAGCCGGGAGACCGAGAUCUGAUUUGUACUGUAAACUUGUCGGAGGACCUACCUUUGGACUUCCUAGUCAAACGAUACAGGGACAGUAUUGUGACAGAUGCAACUCCAACGAGCCAAACAAGGCCCACCCGGUGAGUAACGCCAUCGAUGGCACUGAGCGCUGGUGGCAGAGCCCGCCUCUCUCCAGGGGGCCCAUGUACAACGAGGUGAAUGUCACAUUGGACCUGGGACAGCUCUUCCAUGUGGCCUACAUCCUCAUCAAGUUUGCCAACGCCCCUCGACCUGACCUAUGGGUCCUGGAGCGCUCCCUGGACCAUGGGAAAACGUAUGCUCCAUGGCAGUACUUUGCUCAUUCUAAAAGGGAAUGCAUUGAGAGGUUUGGCAAAGAACCAAAUGGACGCGUAGUCCGAGAUGAUGACCAGAUCUGCACCACAGAGUACUCUAAGAUCGUUCCAUUGGAGAACGGGGAGAUUGUGGUGUCCCUGGUCAACGGUCGCCCGGGCUCUAAGAACUUCACCUAUUCUCCAGUGCUGAGAGAUUUCACCAAGGCCACCAACAUCCGCCUGCACUUCCUCAGGACCAGCACUCUGUUGGGGCACCUAAUUACCAAGGCCCAGAGGGACCCCACUGUCACACGCAGGUAUUACUACAGCAUCAAAGACAUCAGUGUCGGGGGACGUUGCGUUUGUCACGGCCACGCGGAGGUGUGUGGGGGGCGUAACCAAGGCAAACCCAAUCGGCUGCAGUGCGAGUGCAAACACAACACCUGUGGUGAGUCAUGUGACCGCUGCUGUCCAGGGUUCAACCAGAAGCCAUGGCGUGCUGCUUCGACAGACAGUCCCAACGAGUGCCAACCCUGCCAGUGCCAUUCACAUGCCACUGAGUGUUAUUACGACCCAGAGGUGGAGCAGAGGAGAGCAAGUUUAGACACAUUCGGCAGGUACGACGGCGGAGGAGUGUGCAUCAACUGCCAGCACAACACAGCGGGAGUGAACUGUGAGCUUUGUGCGGAUGGAUUCUACAGACCCCAUGGAUCACCUCCAGAGUCUCACACUGGAUGCAUACCCUGCAGGUGUGAUGCCAGGACUACUGCUGGUUGUGAGAUGGGGACAGGACGUUGCCACUGCCGGCCAGAAUUCACCGGAAACAACUGUGAACGCUGUGCAGACAGUUACUCCGGCUACCCACAGUGCAUCAGAUAUCCAAUCUACCAGCCCACCACCAAAUCUCCUGCAGGCCAUAUAGUAGAGCCCACUGCCUGCCCUGCUGGUUAUUUUGGAGCACCCAGCUGUCAACGGUGUGUGUGUGACCGCGGUGGAUCAGUGCUGGAGUUGUGUGAUGCGUCAGGGCGCUGCAUCUGUCGUGAUGGUGUGGAGGGUGAGAGAUGUGACCGCUGUCGACCAGGGCACCACUCAUUCCCUAACUGCCAAGAGUGUGUGUGCGACGGCAGUGGUUCGGUGCUGGAGAUGUGUGACGCAUCAGGGCGCUGCGUAUGUCGUGGAGGGGUGGAGGGCGAGAGAUGUGACCGCUGUCGACCAGGGCACCACUCCUUUCCUAACUGCCAAGUGUGCCGCUGUGACGGUGCAGGUGUGACUGACAGGGUCUGUGGGCUCAACGGACAGUGCCGUUGCCGUGUCAACUACUUCGGAAGUCAAUGUGACCAGUGUGCCCCUGGUUACUAUGGAUACCCAGACUGUGCCUCCUGCCAGUGUUUAGGGGAGGGUUCCUAUGACUCCAUGUGUAACCAAGUAUCAGGCCAGUGUCUAUGUCGCCCUGGGGUGGUGGGACAGCAGUGUGAUCGCUGUGCCGGGUCAGGCCUCCGCUUCCCUCAGUGUUCAGCCUCCAUCACCCAGUGUAACCCAGCAGGGUCAGAGUUCAGCACAGCAGAUCCACAAACGGGUUCCUGUGACUGCCUGCCCAACGUGGAGGGAACACUGUGUGACAUGUGUAAACCUCUCUACUGGAACCUGGCGACAGAGAACCCCAGCGGCUGUAUAGAGUGUCGCUGUGGCGUCAAAGGCACCCUGAGUGGGGUAGGAGAGUGUCAACAGAAAAGUGGCCAGUGUUACUGCAAGCCCGACGUGUGCAGCCAUACCUGUGACACGUGCAAGGAGGGCUACUACCUGCUGCAGAAGAGGAACUAUUUUGGCUGUCAAGGCUGCCAGUGUGAUGUGGGAGGAGCCAUAGGCAGAGGGUGUGAUGAGAUGUCUGGACAGUGCCAGUGUCGGAAGAACGUAGUGGGCCGCACCUGCACUGAGCCAGCACCUAACUACUACUUCCCCAGCCUGCACCACCUGAGGUAUGAGGUGGAGGAUGGCAUCACCCCCAACGCCAGGCCCGUACGCUUUGGCUACGACCCCCAAACGUUCCCAGGAUUCAGCUGGAGAGGUUACGCCAUCAUGUCCCCAGCGCAGCCAGAGGUGAUCCUAUCGUUAGCUGUGGGUUUCCCCGGCCCCUUCCACAUAAUGGUUCGCUACGUCACCACUACCCCCCGCAGACCCACACAGGGGCGGCGGGAUAGGGGGCGAGGCCGAGCCAGGAUCUUGGUGGUGGACGAGCCUGAUUUUCACACUUGCUGUGACUGGUCAGGUCAGAGUAAGGAAGUGGUGUUUCCUUCUAGCUCCUCCCCUGCUUACCUCACGGUCCCUGGGGACGGCUUCGCUGAGCCCUUCACACUGACCCCUGGGAAAUGGAUCAUACGCAUCCAGGCAGAGGGCCUUCUACUGGACUACUUGGUGCUGCUGCCCAGUGAUUACUACGAGGCUCCCUUCCUCCAGGAGAAGAUCGCCCAGCCCUGCACGUACACAUUCACCGCAGACAGAGAUACAAACUGUAUGCUGUAUAAGCACAUGGCUAUGAACAGGUUCAGCUCUGUGCUGGGCUCUCAGGGCCAGUUCUCCAGCCAGUGGAGACGCAGGAGGAGACAGGCCCUCGUCCGCCGGCCAACUCCAGCCCACCCCGAGAUGGCGUCGCUCACCGGGAGACAGGCCCAGUUACAGCUGAGCCUGCGCGUGUCUCCACCCGGUCCCUACAUCUUGGUCCUGGAGUAUGCCAGCGAGGUAGACAUGGUCCAGAACGUCAACCUCAUCAUCGCUGGCCAAUCAGAGAGCCAUAUCCAGGCCAGAGCCAACAUCUACAGCUGCCAUUACAGCUUCCUUUGUCGCAGUGUGGCAGUUGACGGAACCAAUCGCGCUGCAGUGUUCCAGUUUACCCACAAGGCCGAGCUUCUUCUACAGACUUCCACAGCCUCAAUGCUGCUGUAUAAAGUGUAUGCAGUGCCCGUGGAGGAGUUCUCCAUGGAGUACCUGGACCCCAAGGUGCUCUGCGUCUCUGUCCACGGACGCUUCACUGAGGACAGUCAGUACUGUGUUCCCAGCCAGUACGACAGGCCCUCCACAGCGCUGGUUCUGGACGCAGCUCGGGAUGCACUCUCCUCCCCACAUGCCGUCCCCCAGCAGAGGGAGAGUGAAGAGUGGAGACGAAGACGACAGUCAGGGGCUGGGGGCUUCCCAUUCCCUGGAGCCCAGAGUGAAGGGAUACUACUCAAAUCUCCCCAGACAGAGAUCCGUUUCAGUGCCAGGGUGCCAGUUCCUGGCAGGUAUGUGUUUGUGGUCCACUACUGUCAAGCUGAACACACCACCUUCCCUGUGGAGGUACGGGUGGAUGCCGGACACACGUGGGCCGGCACUGUGAAUGCCUCUUUCUGCCCGGGGGUCUCCUGCUGCAGGGAGGUGGUCAUCGCUGAGAGGCGCAUCGCUCUGGACCUUCCCCAGCAAGACAUGGCCAUCUCUCUCAAGGUUCCACCCGGGAAGACCCUCACUCUGGAUUACAUCUUGGUGGUUCCUGACGAUAGCUACACCCCUGAUCUCCUGAAAGAGAAGCCGUUUGAUCAGUCCUCUGAUUUCACCAGGCAGUGUGGAGGACCAAGCUUUUCUAUAGACCCCAGAACGUCCUCCAAGUUCUGCAGAGACUCAGCCCGCUCCCUGGUAGCAGCCUAUAGUGACGGGGCCCUGCCCUGCUACUGUGACAAAUCAGCCACGGUGCCCACCUGUAACCCUGUAGGGGGCCAGUGUCCCUGUAGGCCCCAUGUGAUCGGUCGGCAGUGUACACGAUGUGCCACAGGAUACUAUGGCUUCCCCUACUGUAGACCGUGUGAGUGUGGCCAGCGGCUGUGCCACGAGGUGACAGGUCAGUGUAUCUGCCCGCCCCAGACAGUGAAGCCAGUCUGUGAUGUGUGUGAGAGCCAGACGUUCAGCUACCACCCUCUAGUGGGCUGUGAGGGCUGUGACUGCUCCCCCAACGGAGUCAGGCCCAACGCAGGGAGAGACUGUGACCGUGACACGGGACAGUGCACGUGUAAGCCCAGGAUCGGUGGGCGGCAGUGUGACCGGUGUGCUGCAGGGUUCUACAGGUUCCCCGACUGUCUCCCAUGUAGCUGUAACCAGGGAGGGGUCACACCUGAUAUAUGUCACCCAGACACAGGACAGUGCCUCUGCAAGAGGAACGUGCAGGGUGCCCGCUGUGAUGCCUGUAGAGACGGGUCCUUCCACUUUGACCCCUUCCACCCCAGAGGCUGCGUCAGCUGCUUCUGCUUCGGAGCCACCGACCAGUGCCAGAGCUCUGGCAAGCGCAGGGGGAAGUUUAUGGACAUGCGUGGCUGGCGUCUGGAGAGGGCUGACCAGGAGGAGGUGGCAUCAGUCCUCAACCCGUCCAGUAACACUGUGGUAGCAGACAUACAGGAGUUGCCUGGCACUACCCAGCUCCUCCACUGGGUGGCGCCACCAUCCUACCUGGUAGACCGGGUGUCGUCCUAUGGGGGCUACCUCACCUACCAGGCUAAGUCCUUUGGGAUUCCCAGUGAGGGGAUGUCGCUGAUGGACCGCAGACCUGAUGUCCUGCUCAGUGGCCAGGAGAUGACCCUGGUCCACAUGUCCCCACAUACCCCUCAUCCUGACAGACUCCACCAGAGCAGAGUCCAGCUAGUAGAGGGGAAUUGGCGUCACUCCGGCACCAACCGUCCUGUGUCCAGAGAGGAGCUGAUGGAAGUCCUGGCAGGGCUGGUUGGUCUGAGGAUGCGGGCCCUCUACUUCACCCAGAGCCAGAGACUCAGCCUGGGGGAGGUGGGCCUGGAGGAGGCCACAGACACAGGGGCCGGGGGCCCUGCCAGCACCGUGGAGGAGUGUGCCUGUUCCCCUCUCUACAGAGGAGACUCCUGCCAGAAAUGUGCUCGUGGUUACUAUAGGGACGGCAGUGGGCCCUACCUGGGUCGCUGUGUGCCCUGCUUCUGUAACGGCCUCGCCAACGAGUGUGACGACAGGACUGGGAGGUGCCUGAACUGCCAGUACAACACAGCCGGGGACAGGUGUGAGCGCUGCAAAGAGGGUUACUAUGGAGACGCUGCCCAGAGAUCAUGCCGGGUGUGCCCGUGCCCCUUUGGUGUGCCAGCUAACAGUUUUGCGGUGGGUUGCAGAGAGGUCGCUGGAGGGUUCCAGUGCGUUUGCCGACCUGGCUACGCAGGAGACAGUUGUGAACGAUGCGCCCCAGGUUACCACGGUGAUCCAUUGACAACCGGAGGAAGCUGUCGGCCUUGUGACUGUGGCGGCAACGGAAACAGCUGUGACUCCAGGACUGGUGUGUGCAAGAAUGCGUUGGAGCCGGGGGACACCAACACAGACGAGCAGUGCCAAGAGUGUGACGACUGCGCCGAGACCUUACUAAACGAUCUGGGGCGUCUGGAUGAGGAGCUGGGCAGGAUUAAGACUCAGCUGGAUAACGCCAGUAUCUCCGCCUCCUCUCAGGACCGACUCAGGAUGCUGGAGAAAGCCAUCACAGAGACCAAGAGUCUGGUGAGCAAGUUCAGUUCGAGUGUGAACAGCCAGAAGUCCAAGGUUAGCCAACUGGAGCAGGACACUCUCAGUGUCAACGAGGAUAUCAGCGCUCUCAAAGAAAAGGCGGAUGUCAGGGCUGCGGAUGCCCAGAAAGUGCUGAAUGAUGUGGGUAAAACCCAUCUGAGAGCUAAAGACCUGGACACUGAGGCUAGGAACCUGCUCGAGAAGAUCCUGGCCCUGCUGCUGCAGCUGAAAGAGUCUGGUUCCGGUGAUGUGGUGCCCAGUGAGAGUCUGGCUAAGAUGUUAUCCGACGCUGAACGCAUGGUGAAGGAGAUGGAGAGGAGAAACUUCAACCCCCAGAAAGACGCAGCAGACAAAGAGAGAGACGAGGCCCAGAAACUGCUGGACUACAUCAAGGCUAAUGUGACCAAGCAGUAUGAUCAGAAUGAGGCAGCAGCCAAGAGGGUGAAGGGUCUUCUGAAGGACUAUGAGGCUAAACUGAAGGACCUGGAGGAGGCUCUGAAACAGGCUGGGGACAUGGUGAAGAAAGCCAACUCUCAGAACGGACUCAACUCAGAGGCACUGAAAGACAUCCUGAAACGUAUGGAGGACCUGAAGAAGGAGCGGAAGAAGGUCCAGGACCAGAUAGCCAUGGCAGAAGAUCAGCUGAAGGCCACAGAGGAUCUCCUGAGAAUGCUGAAGGACAGCAAGACUGAGUAUGAACAGCUAGCUGCCCAACUGGACGGCGCCAGGACUGACCUCACCAAGAAGGUCAACGCCAUCUCCCAGGCCGCGGCCAAGGAGGACAUUGUGGAGCGAGCAGAGAGACAUGCUGAGAACCUGGCCAAGCUGGCCAAGGAACUACAGGAUGCUGUAAGGGACUCGAGUGGCCGCUCGGACGUGCGUGAUGCCAUGGACGCCAUUGAGGCCUACAAGAACAUCACAGAUGCGGUCAACGCUGCAGAGAAGGCAGCCAAGGAGGCCAAAGAUGCAGCUGACAAAGCCCUGAAGGAUGUGAAGAAAGAGGACCUGACAAAGAGAGCUAAGAAUCUGAAAGAAAGCGGGAACGACCUACUGAGGGAAGCCAAGGACGCAGAAAAAGAUCUCAAAGAGGCCUCUGAUGACCUCACAGCCCAGAAGAAGCGCCUGAAUGACGCAGAGAAUAAGAAGAAAUCAUUGGAGACGGACCUGCUGGAUGCCCAGGCUGAGCUGAACAACAUCCAGAGAGAUGAUAUAGGAGACAUGCUAGAUGAGGCGAAGAGGAAGGCAGCGGCUGCCAAUGACACGGCCAGCACCACCAUGGACAGACUGAACGCCAUCAGAGAGGAAGUGGACAAGUUCAACGUCAUGCCCUCCGACUCCAACCUCGGCAGCAUCAUGGACGAUGUGGACAAGUCAGUGAAGAAUCUGUUGAACAGCAUCCCGUCUCUGCAGGAUAAGAUCUCGGAGGUGGAGGAGCUCAGCUCUCAGCUCUCCCCCGUCACCAACGUCUCUGAUAACAUCAAUAGGAUCAAGGAGCUCAUCGAGCAGGCUAGAGACGCAGCCAAUAGGAUUGUGGUCCCUAUGAAGUUCAGUGGGGAUGGCCAUGUGGAGCUGCGUCCCCCGCGGGAUAUUGAAGACCUGAAGGCAUACACGUCCCUGUCCCUGUCCCUGCAGAGACCAGAGCUCCCCAGCAGCCGAGGGGACGGAGCACGCAGGCGGAGACAGGCCACCGCGAUCACAGACACGGGUGACAUGUUCGUGCUCUACCUCGGCAACCAAGACUCUUCUAAAAACUUCAUCGGCAUGGCCCUGAGGAAUAACGUGCUGUUCUGUGUGUACAAUCUGGAUGGAGAAGAGUACGAGAUCAAGACGGACUACAUCACUAGGUCUCCCUCUGAGCCUUCCUUCUUUGACAAGGUGGACCUGCGCAGAAUUUACCAAGACGCAGAAGUGAACCUCACCAAGCUGUUCACAUCCAAUCAGCCGGACCCACCUCAGAUCAGCAGCAAGCAGGGAGAGCUGACCAGGAACCUUCUAAAUCUGGACCCUAGUGACAUUGUCUUCUAUGUCGGGGGCUACCCCUCCAACUUCAGUCCUCCAGCCUCCCUCAACUACCCCAACUAUAAGGGAUGCAUCGAGCUGUCCACCUUCAAUGACAGAUUCAUCAGCCUGUACAACUUUAAGAAUGCUGUCAAGGUCAACCUGGAGACUCCAUGCAAGAGGUAUAGCCAACCAGUGGUGUUUGAGUACUUUGAGGGGACUGGUUAUGCCAAGGUGUCCACCCAAGGUGUCAAGGUGCCCACUCUCCUCCUGGGCCAGACCAUCUCCACACGCUCAGAGAAUGGGCUUUUCCUCUACAUCGGAAAUGAGGAGAACUACUACAGUGUGACGUUUGAGAGAGGCUACGUUGUCAUCCAUAGUAAUCUGCUCAGAGAACCAGUACAAAGCGCUACCAAAGUCUUCCCAGUGAAUUCAGACCAAGCAGAAGUGUUGAUCAUUAUUGAGUCUCAAGGAAGCCAAGAGAUGAAGAUCCGUGUAGCAGGCAAGGAGGUGGUCAAGUCUGAUGUCCAGUACACCCCAGGUGACUUCACAGACUACUACAUCGGUGGCGUACCACCAGCGCUGAGAGAAAGACACAACAUCACCGCCCAGCCACUGAAGGCCUGCAUGAACAACAUCAAGCUCAACAGCAAGUACCCCACCUUCGAGGAAAAAGUGGGCAUCAGCCGGGGCUGUCCCACGGGCUUCCUGGCGUCUCGUAAAUCAGAGUUUAACGUGGGGAGUUCUCUGUCAGCUGCUCUCGAGGGCUUCAGCCUGGCACGGGAUGUCUCAGUCUCACUGGGAUUCAGGAGCUCGGAGAAAAAUGGGCUCCUACUGCAGAACACCGAGUCGAGCGUUGGCGCCAUCGAACUUGCCUUGGUCAACGGCUAUGUGGUCCUGACGUUCAAAGACACAGCUUGGAAAUCUUUGAAAUCAAGCAAGCAGUACCAGGACGGCAAAUGGCAUUACCUGACUGCCACCAGAAAGGUGGCUUCUCAAAGUAUCGAGCUGCGGAUAGAUGACGAGGAUGUGGGAGGGCAGAUAACCUCAAGCUCCUUCAGUUCAAACCCAGACUCUGUGUUCCUGGGGAAAGACACAUUCAGAGGCUGCAUCUCCAACCUCUACCUGAGAAGGCCUAACUUUCUGUACAGAGCAGAAGACCUGAGUCAGUUCAGCUCUACAGGAGAUGUGCUGCUGGAUAAGUGUAGCUCUGACAGACCUCCACAACUGAUGCUCGACCACAACACCUCCAGAAAGGGUGGUGGUAUGGAGGUGUCAGAGGACAGUCUCUCUGUGUGUGCACACUCUGUUCUAGUCAAACAUGCCUACCACAUUGGGGGCACUGUGAGUAGUCUGAGCUACAGCCUCACUCCCCAGGUGCUCCAGCCCAGACCUCAUUUCUCCCUGGACGUUAGGACCAAGUCUGCCGAGGGCCUGCUGUUCUAUGCAGCCACCACAGGGGGGAGCUCUCACAUGGCUCUCUACCUGUCCAAGGGCAGGAUCAGGCUGUCAGUAGGCAAGGGGAAGGAGAUCUUCAACAGGGAGAAGUACAACGAUGGAAGAUGGCACUCGGUAAUAUUCAGCCUAGAAAAGAAGAGGUUCCGGUUGGUAGUGAACGGUAUUAGGGCUCAGGCUGGACAGCUGACCAGUGAUGAGGCCACAUCCAUGGAACUGAUCUGUCCUCUUUACCUGGGAAGUGCUCCUGAUUCCUUGAACACAGAACUUAAGUGGAAGCUCCUCCCAAAGCAAAGUGUGAUUGGCUGUGUGCGUAACUUCAAGAUGAAUGGCACUCCCAUGCCCGAGCCAACCACCAAUCAUGGUGCUGGCCCCUGCUUUGACGGACAGACACAGAGUGGGGCCUACUUCUCAGGGAGAGGGGCAUAUGUCAUUAUUAAUGAUUCCUUUGUGGUGGGCUCCAGCUUUGAGGUGGUGUUUGACAUCCGUCCCAGGAGUCUGACUGGUGUUCUGCUCCAUGUGGGGGACUCCAGCAGGCCUCGCCGUGGGCCCAACACUGGACACCACCUCAGCCUCUACAUGCACAGAGGAGAGGUGGUGGCACGUGUGAACAACGGAGCUGGUGAAUUCAGUGUUUCCGUUCGGCCCAAGCAGCCCUUGUGUGAUGGAAUGUUCCACAGAGUUGCAGUAAUCAAGAGGAACAACGUUGUGGAGAUGCAUGUGGACACUGAGGGCGACCACAAAAUAGGACCUCCUUCCUCCUCCCCCACUCUGACCAAAGACCCACUUUAUGUGGGUGGCAUUCCAGAAACGUCCAUGCACCCAUCCCUCCCAGUCACAGGGUCCUUUGAGGGCUGCAUCCAGAACAUGAAGAUCAAUGAGGACCCGAUCUCCUUCGAGAGGCUCUCUGGGGUAUUCGGGCCACUCAACCUCAGAGAGUGUCCAGCUGGCUGAGUAGAAUCUACUCCAUGACCACAUCCUGGGACCACAUCCACUCUCCACGCCGCUGCGUGCAAUCUGUUCCAAAAACAGAGAAUGUGUAUGUAUGUGUGUGUGAGAGAGAGAGAGAGAAGUGUGUGUGCAUGCGUGCAUGUGUGUCACAAGGAUAGUAAAACGAGGACCAUUUGGACAAGUGGGGGACAUUUUGACAGUCCCCAUGAGGAAAAAUGCUAUUUUAGGCUCAGGGGUUACUAUUAGGGUUAUAAUUAAAUGUAGGGUUAGUGGUUACGGUUAGGAGUUAGGUAUAGUUUUAGGGUUUGGGGUUAGAUUUAGCGGCUAAGGAAAAUAGUAUUUUGGAUGGGAAUCAAUUAUUUGGUCCCCACAAGGAUAGCAAUACGAAACUGAGAGCGAGAGAUGGGGAAGUUUGGCUCUUUUUACUGGCUCGGAUAUUUGACUCCUUCAGUCGAAAGAAUGAAUAUUUUGACUCAUUUCCUUUCAGUCAGUAAUGCACAGAACACGCCGGACCCCCUACCUUCGAACCAUGAACUGAAAACUCAAAAGUCAUAAUUCUACAAGCUUCCUGUACAGUGUACACCAUUCGUGGCUUAUUUGUAACUGAGAUUUGUAAACGUGUGCUUUAAAAAAAAGUACAUUUGUUGAUUGAGAGGCAUACAAAUAAGAUUAUUUCUUGAUACAUUUGAAAUUAGGUCUAAUUGUGGAACGACUGUUGCUUGACUGCCGUGGGGGUGAUGAGCACAAAGUCGUUUGUGAACUGCAGCCCCCGAAAUUAUUUGUUCUCGAGUUCUAGUUUGUUAAGCAGAGGCUGUGUUGGUUCUACAAAGCUCUGUCCGUGAUAAAUAAGUGGCAAUGCCAGAGAAACCUGUAUUUGGAGGAUUUAUAGGUGUAACCGGUGCUGUACUGCACCGCUGUAACUCUGGUUGAUUGAGACUAUAGACGUGGACUUUGGAGAUCAGGUCGUUUUAAUCAAGCAGAAUUCACUCUCUGCAUAUGCAUCCAAAAGGAAAUAAAACAUUUGUAGAUCACAUAAUGUUCUGAGAAUCGUCGCCUCUUUCUCUCAUAGUGCAUCACAAUGAUUUUCGAAUACAAAAAUUAGUACAGCUUCUCCUUUAUUAUGCAUCAACUCAUUACAUAUUUUUUUACAUGGAUAAAACCACAUGCCUGCAUCCAAAAGAAACUAAAACAUUUGUAGAGCACAUACGGUCUGCGAAUCGUCGCCUCCUUCUACAGCAGAUGCACAAUACAAGGAACUGGGAUCAUUCGAGGAGCUAGCCAUCGUUCACACAUACAAUAGCCUGCUAACCCCUUAGCUCGCUAUUAACCACAUGUUGAAAUCAGUAUGUUAAUAUCACCCUAAAAAGUACAAUUACAUCUGAACAAUACCAUCCACUUAUGAGUAACCUCUAAAUAUACAACAUUAUUCAUGAACAAAACACUGUAUGACUUUGUGCUUAAACGAAUCAAACUUUUCUGAAGGCGACAGAAAAAGCCUGCCUACCUCUCAUAGUGCAUCAAAAUGAUUUGAGCACGCAGGGCAAAACGUAAGUACACACUCCCCUACUCCCAGGAUGCAGGCAUGCAUAAUAACAAAUCAACAUGACAUAUUAAUAUAUAAACCUGGUGAAAUUCACACAGUACUUGAACAACUGUUACAUAGGCAUGGAUAUCCUCCAAACACCGGCUUCGAGGGCAUUAUCAAUUUUAUACAACGGGUUACGAACAUGUUCAAAUAACGAUUGACAUAUUUUCAUAAAUGCGUAAUUUUUAUUUAUUUAUUCAUACUGUUUCAUCCUUCCACAAGAUAUAGCCCCGACACAAAUCUAGGGUUGCCACCCAAUCCGGCUGGUUGUUCAUUCUAUUGGUUUGGUUGCCAGAGUCGCGACCCAGUCGUUCAGUCUUUUUGUUCUGUAUCUAUGGAUGUGACCCAGUCAUUCCUUCUAAAUGUUCCAUUGCCAUACUGACGGGCAACGUUCUUAUCCCCUGCUUGCUAGCUAGCCAACUACGGCUAACUUACAGUCACAUCAAAUAGUGGAGCCAAUAACAGCAAAGUAGCUGCAUUUUUGCAUUUGUUUAAUCUGUUUUGUAGUGACAUUUAUUUCGCCUGGCAUAGAAAAGGCGCUCACUCAUUAGGACACUGUUGUUCAGAGGAGCUAGCCAACAACACAGCUACAGUAACACAAUCACUUCAAAUUGAAGCUGGAAAGACCGCAAACUACAGCAACUGCUCUUCGUUUCUUCUUACCUUUUUCCAACUGACAUUUCUUGUGGAAUAGACACCGGCUGGAAUGCACCUUUAAAACACCAUUCUGGAUUAGACCCACCCUUGUAUAAUUAACAAUAAGGCCCGAGGGGGUGUGGUAUAUGGUCAAUAUAGAAGGCUAAGGGCUGUUCUUAGACAAGAUGCAAAGCCUGGACACAGCCCUUAGCCGUGAUAUAUUAGCCAUAUACCACAAACCCCCAAGGUGCCUUAUUGCUAUUAUAAACUGGUUACCAACAUAAUUAUACCAGGAAAAACAAAUGUUUUGACAUACCCGUGGUAUAAGGUCUGAUAUACCAUGACUGUCAGCCAAUCAGCAUUCAGGGUUUCAACCACCCAGUUUAUAAUAUUCAAUAACCUAUUAAUUGCAUUAAUUCUUGCACCAUGCGAUCAAUUAUUAGUUCUAAACAUACCUUUUUCUUCUCUGCUAAUUAUCUUUUUUCCCCCGGGUGCAUAGUACAGACAGUUGGUGCUUGGUGGUUGGAGCAUGUUGCUGAGCCGGAGGGUUGUGUACUUAUGUGUAGGCGUUCCAUCAACGGGACAGUUGUAAAUCAUGUAUCAAAUCGCUGUGUAUCAUGAUCGCACAUUUAGAGAAACAACAAAUGUCGGUACUUAUAAGUGUCUUAUAUCGGCUGAAAGCUUAAAUUAUUAUUAAUAUAACUGCACUGUCCAAUUUACAGUAGCUAUUACUGCCAACAAAUGCCAUGCUAUUGUUUGAGGAGAGCUCCUAACAACAAAACACCUUUUCACCGCGAUAGGUUUGAUAAAUUCACAUCUGAAGGUGAAAUGUGUACCGUAAUUGCUGGACUAUUAAGCGCACCUGAAUAUAAACCGCACCCACUGAAUUAUUAAAAAAUGUGUAUUUUGUACAUAAAUAAGCCACACAUGUCUAUAAGCCGCAGGUGCCUACCGGUACAUUGAAACAAAUUAACUUUACACAGCCUUUAAACGAAACACGGCUUGUAACAAAAAUUAAACAGUGGCCUACCAAGAAAGUCAUUGGUCACUAUCUUCCUCCUCCUGUGCACUGAAACCACUGAAGCCAUCUGCUUCGGUGUCGGAGUUGAAUAGCCUCAGAAUUGCUUCAUCCGAUGUUGGAUCGUUUUCAUUGUCGCUCUCGUCACUUUCAUCGAAACCCGUUGAUGAUAGUGGAUUUUUUGACAAUGCUCCACGCUGUCAGGACCCACUGGCAGACAUGACCAUAAGUUGCUCUUCGCAUGCGGCCCGUUUUAGUGAAGGAUUUCUCCCCACUUGUCAUCCAAGCCUCCCACUGAACAAGGAGCGCCACCUAAAAUGCACGAUUUACACUGAUGUCGAGUGGCUGCAAAUACUUUGGGCCAUCAGCUUUUCUUCCCUCUGAAAGCUGUUGUUGUCUUUUUGCACUGAGUCAGUUCCUCACGCUGCUUUCCAACGUCUUAUCAUCGACUCAUUAAAGCCAAGCUCCCGUGCAGCAGCUCUAUUUCCUUUUCCAACAGCCAGAUCGAUCGCCUUCAACUUGAAAGCUGCAUCAUAUGCAUUUCUCCGUGUCUUUGCCAUGAUGAGGGUGACAAAAUUACUACCGUAAUCAGAAUGAGCGCGCUCGAUUUACGUCACAUAAUGUGACGGUGCUCAGUUUUUUGGCGGCAUGAAUCGGGAAAAAUCCAUAAAUUAGCCGAGUCAUUGUAAUAAACCGCGAGGUUCAAAGCGUGGGAAUAAAGUAGCGGCUUAUAGUCCGGAAAUUACGGUACUUACAAUUUGAAAUCUUGCUCUGAUUUAUCAUCCCAAGGGUCCCAGGGAUAACAUGAAGUGUCGUUUUGUUAGAUAAAAUCAUUUUUCAUAUCCUAAAAAGGUCCAUAUAGCAUGCACGAUUGAUUUUGUAUUUCCACUCACUCAAUUUGCAAAGAUAGGAAUCUGUGAAAAUGUAACCUUAAACGUUGUUUCAACCAGUCAAAUUACGUUCGUACGUUCGCCUCCUGGGUGGCACAGGGGUCUAGGGCACUGCAUCGCAGUGCUAGCUGUGCCACUAGAGACUCUGGGUUCGCGCCCAGGCUCUGUCGCAGCCGGCUUCCGGGUUGGAUGCGCGCUGUGGUUGGGUUGUGUUUCGGAGGACGAAUGGCUUUCGACCUUCGUGUCUCCCAAGCCUGUACGGGAGUUGUAGCAAUGAGACAAGAUAGUAACUACUAACAAUUGGAUACCACAAAAUUGGGGAGAAAAGGGGGUAAAAUUCAAAUAAAAUAAAUUACGUUCGUAUUUAUUCCUCAGAGAUCCUAGAACGUAACCAGACUUCACUAUAUUAUAUCCUAUAGGACACCAAAUGUGGUCAGAGAGCGACGCCUUCAUGGCGAUGACACGGGUGGUCUUCACUUGAUUGACUGUAACUUUGUCAAAUAAGCACCAAUCGGGGUCAAUCAAAGCUAGCUAGAUAGCCAAUGAGCUGGGCUUUACGUGAGUAUGCGGAAACCCUGUAUCUGUUGCACAAUUUUGCUGCUCUCCUUGUGCGACAGCAAGCCUUUUCCUUUUGGACAAAAACUGCAAGAAUAUGGGGACUUAUGAAGUUAUGAAAACUGGGUGUUUUGCAAAUUGUGAACUUACAAUAUGGCUACUAAUACUGGAAAAGCUAAAUCAAAGUCCAAUUAUACAGAUUUGACGAUAUUAUUGCAGAAAAAUGUAAUAUAAAUAUAAACGUGUCCACGAUUUGCCCAAAUGUACCUGGGUGGCUUCACACUAAAUGUAACGUAGCUUGCUCAUACUUCAAGUUAUUAGUCUAAAACUUUGCACAUACACUGCUGCCCUCUUGUGGACACCAUCGGAAUUACAACCAGAGUGAUGGCUAGAUUUGGGACCUUUCUGUUGCAUUUCAAAGAUGGUGGUAGAAUCAUUUUUUUUAAACGGUUGUUUUUUUCUUUGUAUUUUCUUAUACCAGAUCUAUUGUGUUAUAUUCUCCUACAUUCAAUUCACAUUUCCACAAACUUCAAAGUGUUUCCAUUCAAAUGGUACCAAGAAUAUACAUAUCCUUGCUUCAGGGCCUGAGCUACAGGCAGUUAGAUUUGGGUAUGUCAUUUUAAGCGAAAAUUGAAAAAAAAAGGGUCUAUCCAUUAAACCUGUUGUAGGACUCUUUGCGGCCAGCAGGUCAAACGAAUGACUAAAGUGAAACAUUCACUCAGAAAAACGAAUCAUGAUUCCUGAGUCAGUAAAACGAGUCGUUCAAAAAUAACAAAUUGUUUGCAAACUGCACGCCAUGUGUGUGUGCGUGCUUGCGCAUGCGUGCAUGUAUGUGGCGACGUACAAGCGGCACAGAUAUAAUUGUAUGUUACUCUGUAUGGAACAUGAAGAUAAAGAGAGGUGGGGCUAGUCUGUAGUGUAGUAUAUUUAUUUGGUGAUAAAUGUGUUUACUAUCACCAUCUUGUUAUUGAAUAUAUUAUGAUAUUUUAAUGCUGUACCAUGGGUUAGAAAUGUCUGUUUUUCCCCAAUUAUGCUCUUCCUUUGUAUUUCCUCAUCCCCCCCCUCACACUAGGGCUCCCAAGUGGCGCAGUGGUCUAAGGAACUGCAUCUCAGUGCUAGAGGCGUCACUGUAGACCCUGGUUCGAUUAUAGGCUGUAUCACAACUGGCCCAGCGUUGUCUAGGUUAGGGUUUGGCCGGGGUAGGAUGUCAUUGUAAAUAAUAAUUUUUAAAUAAAGGUUCAAAAAAUGUUUUUAUAAAAAUAGUAUACAAACGCUUUCUUUAGAGUGGAUGUGGCGUUUGUUUGGUCAGUAUUGCAUCAUGGCUACCAUAUAGGCUAAGCAACUCUGCACAUUAAAAAAAUAAAUGCCAUGUUGAUCAACAAAAAUAUCAGUCACAACAUUUAACUCUACAUUGGUGUUACCAUUUGAAUUACCAUUCUGUGUCUCUAGCGACAUGUAACUAUGAACUCAUAUUAAAUGUUUGGGCCUACUAUAAUUACAUUGGGAUUUUUUAUUUAUGUGUAUGUUGUCUGUUAACAGAAUGAUUUAUAAUCAUCGAUAUGGAUCCGGAGUAGUCAAUUAUUGGUAAAAAGCAAGACAUUUUCUCUCAAUGGCGUCAAAUUAUAUUCAACUGAACUGGGACCAGAGAGAAAUGUAUACAAAAUAUAUAUUGACCGUUUUCUCACAUACAAGUAUACUGAACAAAAAUAUAGACGCAACAUGCAACAAUUAAUGAUUUUACUGACUUACAGUUCAUAUAAGAGAAUCUGUCAGUUAAUUGAAAUAAACAAAUUAGGCUCCGUAUAUGGAUUUCACAUGAUUGGGCAGGGGCACAGCCAUGGGUGGGCCUGGGAGGUCAUAAGCCCACUGACUGGGAAGCCAGGCCCAGCCAAUCAGAAUGAGUUUUUCCCAACAAAAGGGCUUUAUUUGAGAUAAUUUUUCAUCGGCUAUCCGGCUGGUAUCAGACGAUCCCUCAGGUGAAGAAGCCGGAUGUGGAGGUCCUGGGCUGGCGUGGCUACACAGGGUCUGCGGUUGUGAGGCCGGUUGGAUGUACUGCCAAAUUCUCUUAAAACAACGUUGGAGGCUUUUUUUCUUUUAUUUCAGCUCAAGAAACAUGGGACCAACACUUUACAUUGCAUUUAUAUUUUUGUUCAGUAUAGAUAUACUGUACCUCAGACUAAGCUUUGUAUACAAUUUUGUAUAAUUCUUGAUUACCUUUUUCCAUUAUUAAACACUUUGUUGCAGA